UCAAUUUCAUCAAAGAGAAGUGCUAACCAGCUCAUUAUAAACCCCCUUUUUGGCUCUCAAAGUUUUGUUGUUGCCUUUUAAGAUUCACUUUUCUUUUGCUAGUUCAUUCAAACUUCUUUGGAUUUUGAAACACAUGUUACUUCAUCUUUCUCUCUCUUUUUGAUUGAUCUCAUGACAGUGAAGUGCUUCUGCAUGGUGAUGAGGAUCAAUAUUGAUUGCAAUGGUUGUUUCAGAAAAGUGAAGAAAGCCCUUCUUGAUAUGCCAGAGUUGGAAAGCCAUUUUCUAGAGAAGCAGCAAACCACGGUAAUUGUAUGUGGCAGGUUCAUACCACAGGAUGUUGCAAUCAAGAUAAAGAAGAAGACUAAUCGUAGAGUUGAGAUAUUGGAAAUCCAAGACUUGAGUGAGAACAAUGCUGAAAUCGAAGACCAGAAACCAAUGACCAAUAAUUGGAGUCUUCUAGCUACCCACAAUGAGAGGAACAGAGAGAACUGCCUCAUAUUUAAUCCACAACCACAAGUGCAGUAGGUGAAUUGUACAUUUUAAUUUUUUUUUUAACAAUGAUUCUAAAUUCUCAUAACCA